UCGCGAGCAAGUCGUUUAAUUUGUUUCGCGCGAUUCACCUCUGGUUUGCUCUCUGGUUUAUUUACCCAAAGGGGUUUCCUAUCGUAAAAAGCUGCGACAAACCCGUCCUAGAGGAUUACUCUACGACGUCACGCGUAUACGAAUUCCAUGUGCUGUGCUGUGUCAUCUGACAACGUCCCUAAUAAUUUGGAACCAACCGAAAAAGUGCACCAACCAACACGUUGAUAGUAUCUCGGUUUAGUUUUAAGACAAAAGGAAUGGAAUAGACGGGUUAAGGUCACCAAAAACAGUCAAAAUUUUGCGACAUCUAAGAAGAACGGAGGCUGGCGCCCCAUCCACCACCAGGAAGAUGCCCAGGCGGAAGCAGGAUUGUCCCAAAAGGAUGAAAUGGGAAGGAGGUGAAGAGGGAUCGCCGGAAGAAGGUGAGAAGCUCGAAGGCGAAGAAGACGGAGGAUCGAUGACGCCUACUUCUUCGUCGCCGGUUCCUCCCGAGGACGAGGCUCUUUCGCCGCCCCCGGGUGACGUGCCAUCCCCAACUAGUCCUAGAUCGGUCAACGAAGAUUCCACCCACAUCAGGGAGUCUACUUCCAGAUGUGACUCGCGAGAUUCGGGCGAGUCUCAGCCGAUGCUUCGCUGCCCGUCAAGCGAAAGCGACCGAUUGUUAGCCGAACGUGCGGCCCUUCUUCAAGGCGUACCUUUGGGUACUGCUCUUAGUCCGGUCGGCGUGACGUUACCUCCGACGUUACCCGCGGCCGCUUCUCUGCUCCCGCCCCAAUCUGCGGCAAUGGCCGCGUAUCUUAGCGCCGCAGCUGCCGCGGCGGUUCAAUCUCACAGGUUGAUGAUGACGUCACCGCUUCCUCCCGGUUUCCCCAGGGCGCCGGUAUCUCCUCUGAUCUCUUCUUCAUCAUCGCCCCCCGGCGUGUUAAACCCACCUUCAAUGGAACUGUCGCCUACCGCGGACGUUUUGGACUUUAGCAGACGAAACAAAAGCGACGACAGUGAUUCCGACGCGGUGAAUUUGAGUAAGCCCGAAACCCCACCCGGUGGCGAAACGGGUAAUGCUCCACUAGAUUUGUCAGUCAGCAGCAGAAAGCGGAUAUCUGAAGAACCUCUCAUCCAACCGCCGCAGCGCAAACAGAGAACCGAGUUUAAGCCGGAAUAUAAACCUAGUAUACCCCAGUGGCCCGCGGGAUUGGGUCCAUCACACUUGCCGUACUUUGCGGCAGCGGUGGCAGCCGCAGGUCUUUCGCCCAAAAACACUCCAGCUGAGCUCUGGAACGGUAAGCUAAAGCACGCUGCUCCGAUGCCUAGUGAUGCGACCAAGGCUUUGGAGAAGAUGAGCGAGCUUAGCAAAUUAGGUGGCGAAGACCUCUUCAGGACGAUGGCCAACACGGUGCCGGGUAACUCUUCGGGUAACAGACACAGCGCGUGGCAGAGCCAUUGGUUAAACAAAGGGGCAGAGCAAGCCAAAGAUGUUUUGAAAUGCGUGUGGUGCAAACAGAGUUUUCCAAGUUUGGCUGCACUGACUACCCACAUGAAAGAGGCGAAACACUGUGGGGUGAAUGUGCCCGUUCCUUCCAUGCAACCGAAUAAUUUACCUCCUCAGUCGCAGAUGACUUCGCCUUCGCAUAGUAAUUCUAGCACCUCUUCAAAUCCAGGAAAACCGCAGUCCUCAGACCUCAAUAUGUUAAUCAAAGAGACGAUGCCAUUGCCGAGGAAGUUAGUACGAGGUCAAGACGUGUGGCUGGGUAAAGGUGCAGAACAAACCCGACAAAUUUUAAAGUGCAUGUGGUGCGGACAGAGUUUCAGAUCUUUAGCGGAAAUGACCAGUCACAUGCAGCAGACCCAACAUUAUACGAACAUAAUCUCGCAAGAACAGAUAAUUUCGUGGAGGUCGUCAGAUGACGGCAAAGGUGGAAGUCGGGGAGAUGGCGGUGGCUCAAGCGCUACAACACCGCCAGGUGGAGCCAGUAGCCACGUGAGUGCCGUUCUUACCUGCAAAGUGUGCGAUCAAGCGUUUAAUUCUAUGAAAGAACUGACGAAUCACAUGAUGAAAAAUUCCCAUUACAAAGAGCAUUUGAUGCGAUCGAUUACAGAAAGCGGUGGUCGCAGAAGGCAGACGAGGGAGAAACGCAAGAAAUCUCUGCCGGUGAGGAAGCUGUUGGAGCUGGAACGUGCUCAGCAUGAUUUUAAAAACGGAGACAGUGGGAAUAUUAUCGACAAAAUACGUGAUCACACCGGCGCGGGAAGAAUAACGUGCGAAAAAUGUGGAAAUAAAAUAGAAACGUCCAUGUUUGUGGAUCACAUCCGCCAGUGUGUCGGCGGGAUGACUAGCAAUCAGAGAAAUUUCCUUAAAAGUGCGCUGAUGUCGAACAACAUUUUACCUCCAGAAAGUCCUAAUCGGGACAAAAUGAAAACACCUUCGGAUAAGUCACCAUCGCCGCAGCAGAGAUCACCUUCAGUUUCGGAUCUGAGUAAUAAAGAAUCAAAUCUACAAACUGAGCAAAAUAAUGGUUCAUCGCCGUCGGUCCUGAAUGCCAUCGAAAAAUUGAUCGAGAAGAGUUUCGAUUCGCGUUCGCGGCAGAAUCCAGGAUUUCCGGGACAUGGUCCACCACAGGCUCCCAUGGGUUCGAGUAUUUUGAAGAGGUUGGGUAUCGAUGAAAGUGUAGACUAUACGAAACCCUUGGUUGAUGCUCAGACCAUGAGCUUACUGAGGAGUUACCAUCAGCAACAAAGUCACCAUUACAGUCGGAGAGAGAGGAGCGGCAGUGAAUCGAGCUCAAUAUCUGAACGAGGCAGCAGUAGAGUGGAUUCGUUGACGCCAGAAAGAAAAAUGGAACCGCCUGGUAUACCCUUGAAUGCGACUCCUCGAUCUACACCGGAUAUUAAAAGAGAGAAGUCGCCAUUUGUCGAAAAAUCUGGUCACGGGGACAGCGAAAAUGAUCAGGUAGUAGUAAAGAAAGAAAUAGACGAUGAAGAAAGACCCAAAUCCAGAACCCGUUCUCCGGAGCAGGCCAAAAUAAAAAAAGAGAGUGAGGAGAACGAUGACGAUGAACGACACAGUUUUCAUAGCAAUGGCGAUAUAAACAAGGAUGAAGAGGAAGGAAAGCGCAGAAGCCACACUGCUAGUCCUCAUGGUAAUCAAGAUCAGAAUAGUCCCUCCCGAACCUCAGCCGAUAGUCCAGCUAGCAGCGAUCGAUCGGGAACUCCGCGCAGUACCACGAGCGACCGAAAAUCUGCAGGAGGUAGUUUGGGAGCUUUGAGUUCUAUGUUUGAUAAUUUAUCUGGUGCCAAUUCCGGUAACGAUGCUGCCUCGACGCCGAGCGGGAAGAAGGGUUCGAGCCAUCCGCUUGCGGCCCUGCAAAAACUCUGCGACAAGACUGAAACGCAUACAAAUAAUAGAAACCACCCUUCGGCAACCGUGACAUCUUCAAAUCCGGUGGUACUGAGCUCUACGCCUACUAAUUCUGCGGGAACCACUCCUGGUGCCAUUUUGGCUUUUAGUUGGGCGUGCAACGACGCGGUCAUGACACCGGAUUCAAUUAUGAAGUGCGCCUUUUGCGACACCCCAUUCAUUUCCAAAGGUGCCUACAGGCAUCAUUUAUCCAAAAUGCACUUCGUAAAAGAUGGCGUAAUUCCGGACCCGGUCUCGCUGAAAGCCGCUUCACAGGCAAGUACCGCGAACGUCGGAGUGCCGCUAAAAAGUACCGCCGUUUUACCUAGUGGUAAUUCGAGUGCCUCGAGUUCAACGACCCCAAAGAGUCCCCCAGCACCUGGUGGUGCGUUCGAGGAAAGUCCCCACUCGAAAUUUUUAAAGUAUACCGAACUGGCCAAACAGCUGUCUAGUAAAUACGUGUAAAUAGUGUUGAGAUAACAUUCCUAUUUUGUAAAAAAAUAUUGAAUUAAUUACGUAGUCUUGAAGGCGUACGUCCGCUUGUGAAGCGGGUAUUUUGUGAUGUUAUCAUAUCCUAACAGAAAAAAUAAUAAUCUGGUAGUAAUACAAGAGAAUUGUAGCAUAGCGAUAUGAAGUUGUAUAUUCCCUUUCGGAUUGUAAGAAUCUCAAGUGAUUAUAAUUGUUAUACGAAUUUUUUGAGUCAAACGUGAAACAAUUGUGUAUAUAUGUAACGUAAGUCAGUAUUCGUAAGGAUAAAGUUAUUUUUCUCAGUGUGGUCAGUAAUCAGACCAAAAAAGACAUCCAGCACAUUUUUCGUCGCGAAGUGUGUUCGUUCUGAAAACUGACGGAGAAAGAUUAUCUCAGUUUUUAGACGUAAACAGUAAAAAUUGCAAUUAGUUGUCGAUUGAAAAAAGGUACAUUUCAAGUAUUAAAAAAAAACGUAGCGAGUAAUGUAUUUUCAUUUUCGAGGAUUCAUCUUGUUUUCCCAACUCUCAAAACUUGAAGACACACACACACACACAAAACUAAGUAUACGUAUGUUGUAAACAUUCUUCCAUGAGAAAAGUUUUAAAUAAAUAUUAUCAAAUAUACUACUUGAAUAAUACAAAAAGAUGUAUACGCAUUAUUAGCUAUUAAACAAAAAAAACGUGGCGAAGCUCUUUUUAUGUUUAUUGAAAAUUUAAAAACUUAUUUAAUAUUUUGUUGUAUUUGAUCUGCGAAUGAA